GAAGGAGUGAUAUUAGGAAUGCAAGCUCCUUUAUUACUAUCUCGUACACAUAAUAUCAGUAAAGGAUGAAUAACCAAGUAGUGAUACGGUAGCUUAUAUCACCACACUGUAGCAUCAAUUAUGUAUCAAUACAUCCCGCAACGAAAUUCCUCCUACAGUAGUACCGAGAGUAAAAACACCAUGCGCGACUCACAACAUUGUUCGGUCCCGGGUGAGAGAAGCGUGCGCGUCGUCUUUGAUAUAGCGUUGUUAUAGUCGUUAUCGGCGCUGCUACGGAAGAUCCCGUCUGUGCGAGUAUAUGGUGGAUAUCUGAUCGGUUCUUGUCGUGAGUUUCAGCCAUUCGGGUGUUUCCCCGCGGCAUCGCGAAACAGGAGUCGUGUAAAAAUGACUGAAGACGAAAAACGCAAUUUCUUCGCCCUUGCAUCUUCACGAGCUCCAGGCAAACGACAGAUUAAACCAAAUGCUAAUAUUUUGCUCGAUGCCAUUCCACUUAGCGACAGUGACGAAGAUGACGAUUUCAUUGUUGGAAGGACUGGCGAUGAGUCGUCGUCUAAUUCGGAUUUGUCAAGCAAUGAUGGCGAUGAAGAGAAAGAUGAUGGAAAUGACGGUGAAGCGCAAACUUCAGAUCUGAAUGAGUCAAAGUGUGGACCUGAAAAGCACCAGAAUGAGGAUACGAAAUCAGAAUUCGACGUUACAGGUGCAAAUGGCUACAACAUUCAACCAGGUCAGUUGAUCUGUACAUUGUGUCUAAAUCAACGUGCUGUUGUGCGUAAUGAUGAAGUCAUUCAGUGUGACAAAUGUGGAGUAGCAGUGCACGAGAAUUGUUAUAUUACCGAAAAUGUAGGGGAUUCAGAGAGCGACGGUUCUAGUUCAUCAACAGAACCAUGGUUCUGUGAAGCUUGUUUAUAUGGCCUCAAAGAACCGCCAUAUUGUGAGCUGUGCCCAAAUAGAUUUGGUGCUUUUAAAAAAGCUGACAUUGGUGGUGGUUGGGUACAUUUGUUAUGCGCACUGUAUACUCCGGGUAUAACAUUUGGUGAUGUGGAGCGUUUGUCAGCUGUUAGUUGGCAAGAACAAGACUAUAAAUUAUUUGGCAAACGAGCUUGCAUCGCAUGUUCUGAUCCACUAUUAGCACGUACGGGUAUUGCAGUGCCAUGCGAUGCGGCACUGUGCAAAAAUCACCUCCAUGUCACUUGCGCACAAAGGUUAGGUUUAUUGAUCGAUAACACAGAGAAAAGCAUCGAUCCGAACUUGUCAACUAGCACGCAUACAAAUAGUAAUAAUCUAACAGCAUAUGAUGUUGAAUCAGUUGAUCCACUUUAUUUAACUUGCAAGCGUCAUUCAAAUGAGAAUCUGAUGAAGCAACGAAAAGCAAUAUGUGAGCUAGUGAAUAAGCAGGAGGAAACGCGAAUGUUGGGCAUCCGAAGACGAGUACUCAAUGAACGGGAAGAACGAAAAAGGAUGCAGAUGUUAGAAAGGCACAAAAAAGCAAUGAAAGACUUGGAAGGUAUAACAAUUGCAUGGCCCGAGCAUGACAAUAAACGUCCGCGUUUGUUUCAUACAAGUGCCCAAUAUCUCGAAUUGUUUACUGAAAAAGCGAGAAGUAGUGGGAUAAGUCGGCAAAAAUUUUUGGAAAAUUUCAUUAAAGUUGACGGCGCUCAACUACCAUAUCUCCCUCCUGGUUUUUCGAGUGAAUUUAUUGAAUAUUUCAAUCAUCGUAAGAAUGUUAUCCCGGAAGAAACUGAGAAACUGGAAAAACUAAAGCGGGAGAACGAAAAAUUACGUGCCGAACAGAAAAAGCUACAAGAAUUAUUAGAGGUUCCUGUAGUUACAUUUUUCGAUGAUUCGAAGGUGCUACAAGAAUGGUAUGAAACGCUACAUGCUUUGGGAUUACGGAAACUUGAUAAGCCAUCACCUCCAAUUGAAAAUAAAGCGAAGAAAAGCACGAGAAAAUUUCAAAAUUUUCUAGCACCAAAAAGUCCUUCCACCAGCAAAGCUUCGACAUCAGCAAAAGUGCCCACAGUGAAAAAAAACUCAUCAGACAAUGUUGCUAUCGAGGGAAUCGAUCUGAAAAUAAACUUCUGUGAUGAGUGUAAAAAGAUGACUGAGCAACACUUGAUGACUCAAUGUGAUAAAUGCCAUAAAUAUUAUCAUUUGGCAUGUCUGGAUCCUCCUUUGCUGAAAAUGCCAAAGAAGACAAGUACUCAGGGAUGGAUGUGUUCGCUGUGUUGUGAUGUGAGCAGUGACAGCGACGCUGAAAUGGCAAAAAUAUACAACGGUCCGAGAAAGUUACGGGAUCGGUCUUUGGCUCCGGAAAAGCGAAAAGAUACGGAAAAAGCUUUACCAGAAGAAACAAAGGAAACUAGCAGUUCUAGCCUUACGAACCACUCAACCCCGACAGCUGUUACUCGUAAACGACGCAUCUCAGAUCGUUCAAAGAAAAACUCAUUUAGUGAUUUAAACGGGAUCCAUCAGCACAAUAAUUCGCUUGCGAAAAGAAUUCCUAGCUUAUCACCGGUGCCUCACAUGCCGAAACGAAAGCGUCGUCGCAGUGUUAAUUCGUUGCCGCCCACACUUCCAAAGUUCAAAUCAAGUGAAACUGCUCAUUUAAAUGAGGUUGCUCAAAACUAAAGUGAAAAGAUACUCGCCACACUGAAGUUUUUAAAAAGGAUUGUGAUUUUCUAGUUUAUUUAAUUUUACUGUGAAGAGUUGUAAAGAGGUGAAGUUUUCUUUCAAUUUUUAAUAGUUGUAUUUCAAAAAGCAGUUUUUCCUUUAACACGUCUGUCCUUCUUUUUUCGUUUCUGUUAAUUGGAUUUCACACAUGUUUCGUUCAUGGUAUCUUCUGAAAUCAGUUGUUCUCAACUUUUCUUGUAUACUUACUGACAUACCUCGGGAGUAAUACUUUCUGUUCAGGAUUUUUGGUUAUUUAAAUUUUGGGGGAGGGGAG